AUGCACCGAAACCUCACAAAGCGAAAACGAUGGAACCAUGUCGAGGUGUUCUCAGGCCAAACGGAUGCAGCGGUGCAAAACUACAAUGGCAAGCUACCAACCAGCUACAGCGAUGUCCCCGAAUCCUGCCCUAAGGUGGAUGUGACACUGAUGCGUCUUCCGACUCCGGAGGGUCAGAGAAAGAUUAUAGAAAGCCUAAUGGACGUGACUCCCGACCAUUCUGUAAAGAACUCUCUCAUUGCGCCCCUGUUAAGUUCUAGAGAGAAGGCAAGCCAGAUAAACAUCGAAACCAAAGUGGCAGGAUGCCAAGUUCAGGAGCCGGCACGGGUCGCCGGAAAAUUUGGGAUGACGGAGGAAGGAGGAAGGGAUGGAAGAAAGGCCGCAAAUCGAGCUUUAUGUCAUACUAAUGUACAGACCAGGAAGCCAGUUCUUAAUCUUAGUGGCAAUGUGACGUCGAGAGGGUAUUUGUUCUCUAACGAUCUUGUUGAUGGUACAUCCAUGGUUGCACUGCCAACGGAAUUCCUCUUCUUGACAUAG